CAAGUCCCACUCCCAUCGACUGGGAUCCUCCGACCUAGGUUUCACUCCCCCCUCCCUCUGCUCUGCUCGACGGCGUCGCCGCCGUUUCCUGCCGCCGCCAUGUCCGUCCCCGUGGAUAGCUCUAGCCCGCGGAAGAAAGGCCGCACUUCAUCGCCUGUCCGGUCUUCCCCUUCUCCCCACAGCGACGGCAGGACGGCGGUCGAGAGACUCACCGACGACCUCCUCGUGGAGAUCCUCUCGCGCGUCCCGGUCAAGUCGCUCUGCCGCUUCAAGUGCGUCUCCAACCACUGUCUGGCCCUCAUCGACCACCCCGAACACCGCAAGAAGCUCCCCCAGACACCGGCCGGCUUCUUCUACGGCAGCGCCAUCACUAGCGACUGGCUUCUGAAAUCCCCUGUCCACUUCACCGAUUUCCCGGGGAGACGCUCCCCUCCGUUCGACACCUCUUGCACCUUCCUGCCCGACCAUCGGCGCGUCGAACUAUUGGACUGCUGCAACGGCCUCCUCCUCUGCCGCUGGUAUGACGUUUCUGCCCAGGGUGACGAGUUCCACUAUAUCGUGUGCAAUCCCGCCACGGAGAAGUGGGUCGUGUUGCCAGACUCCGGCAAGGCCGCCAGCGAGGUGGCCACCACACGUUUGGGCUUUGAUUCGGCUGUGUCGAUGCAUUUCUAUGUGUUUGAGUUGGUAAAUGAGCAGGAGUUUUUUUGGGAUCCUGACAUUGUCGGAGUGGCAGUGUAUUCGUCUGAAACCGGAGGAUGGGUUUAUAAGGAAAAGAAAUGGAACUCACAAAUCAGGCUCAUUGAUCAUCGGUUUGCAUCUGUCUUUCUUAAUGGCUAUCUACAUUUUGAAGCCGAUUGUCGCGGAUCGUCCCCUUGUCUAGCUGUGGUGGACACGGAGGGGGAAACAUGGAUGAACUUCGGUUUCCCUGAUGGUCUGUUUGAUGGUUUUAUUCAGCGGUCACAGGGCCGCCUGCAUUAUGCCAAUUUUCAGGGAGAUGAAGAUGGUUCUACCACCCUAGUAGUUUAUGUUCUUGAGAACUAUCAAAGCAAAGAAUGGAUAUUGAAGCAUAGCGUCGAAAUUCCAUACAUAUUUGAAGCACCUCUACUUGAGUGGGUAGAUUUCCGCCUCGACAGGGACUUUGAUUGGAUUGCGAUUCAUCCAGAAUGCAACAUGAUAUUCUUCACUACUUGUUGGCAUGCCACAUUCACGUGCUAUAAUAUGGAUAGCGGGCAAGUCAAACUGAUAUCUGGUCUUGAAGUUCACAAGCCGCCAUAUAUGCCGUAUGUGCCGCUGUAUGUAGAGUUACAGUCAUUGCACAUUUGAUGUCAAUAUGAGAAUUGCUGGUGGUGUACAUAAGAAGUGGAUCUUCGACAGGCAUCAUCAGUUCUUCAUGCUAUGGAACAGCGGGCUUGGUAUGUCUGCUUGAAUUGGGCUCUGUUUCAGAUGUAUGCAUGCUUUUAAGUUUGGAGCAACCGUGGUUCAUCGUGGAAUGAAUUUGGUCUAUUUCUCUGAUUAGUUAUCUGACUUUGCACUGAACUUUCUUUUCUCUGUACUGGUUUUUGCAUAUGUAUGUUUUUGGAAAACUGCUACCUCUAUGUAUUCCGUCAACUUCGCGUAGUGUUUGAGCGAAUGUACUAUGAUCAUUUAGUAAAAGACAUGAUCAAUGGUUAUCAUGCAGGUUAACUUUGUAUCUUAUUGACAGUGAUUUAGUGAA